AUGUUGCCUAAAAAAUUGAUCACUUCUUCACUAUGGUGGCACGGGCCACUUUGGUUGUGUCAAAACAAGGCGGCGUGGCCAAAGGUAACCACCAGUCAAAAUCAAGAAACCAAUAAACUAGAUCACGUAAUGACCGAAAAACGAGCUGAAAACAAAAUUCUAAACGUCUCACCUAAGAAUACAUUAACCGUAUUAACCAAAUUUUCCUCAUUGGAUAAACUUCAACGGAUAAUCGCGUACUGCAAACGAAUCGUUCAUAAUUGUCUCAAUCUCAACAAUAAAAUGCAGGGCUUACUAUCACUUUCAGAAUUAGAUCAGGCAAAUGAUGCAAUUAUCAAAAUGGUUCAAGCAUCUGAGUUUUAUAAAGAAAUAAGCGAUUUGGAAAAUAAAAGGGAGAUUUCUAAAAGCAGUAAACUUCGCAUUUUGAUGCCGUUUUUAGAUAAAAAUGGUAUUAUCCCCGUUGGAGGCCGUCUAACAAAUUCGCGAAUUCCGUCCGAACAAAGAUUUCCAAAAUUACUCCCAGCAAAACACCACGUAACGAAAUUAAUUAUUUUAAAAAUACAUCAGGACCAACUGCAUGCUGGUCCAUGUGCCACUUUAGCCGCUCUACGUGAAAAAUACUGGCCAUUGGCUGCACAAUCAACAAUUAGGUACCUAUUGCAAAAGUGUUACGUAUGUUUUAAGGUAGAUCCUCAGAGUAAUGAUCAGCUAAUGGGAGAUUUACCGGCCGAACGAGUACAACCAUCUCGGCCUUUUUCAGAUUGCGACGUCGAUUACGCCGGACCAAUAAUUAUUAAAGAAGGUGGUCCACGUAGUAAGAAAACAGUUAAGGCUUACAUUGCGUUGUUCAAAUGUUUUGCAACCAAGGCUGUUCAUAUUGAGUUAGUGGGGAACCUUACAUGCGAAAGUUUUAUUAACGCAUUAAAACGUUUCGUGGGACGAAGGGGAAAGGUAUCACAAAUAUUUUCAGAUAAUGCUACCUAUUUCACAGCAGCCAAUCACGAAUUAAAAAAUUUACUUAAUUCUUCUGAUUUUCAACAAGGAAUUGAUAGUUUUUUGAGAAAGGACGGCAUCAAAUGGCAUUUUAUACCUGCUCGGUCACCCCAUCGAAGGAGAUUCUGGGAAGCAGGCAUCAAGGCUGUAAAAUAUCAUGUGAAAAGAGUUGUAGGUAACGCACUACUUUCAUACGAGGAGCUUUUGACGGUUUUGACACAAAUUGAGGCUUGCGUCAAUUCCAGACCUUUGACACCGCUAUCCCAUGACCCUGUUGACAUUAGUCCCCUCACUCCCGGUAAUUUCCUUAUUGGGGACACAUUAGCAACAACUGCAGAAGCCGACCUAACCACGACAAACGAAAAUCGCUUAUCAAGAUGGCAGCGUGUACAACAAAUCACCCAGAACUUCUGGAAACGCUGGAGUAAGGAAUUCCUGAAUACUCUUCAGCAAAGAUCGAAGUGGAGGGAGCGGUGCACAAAUCAGGCUAAACCAGGCCUACCGGUCCUACUCAAGGAGGAAAACCUACACCCAUUGUGUUGGAAAAUGGGAGUCAUCAAGGAGGUCGACCCAGGAAAGGAUGAGCUGUCAACCGCAUUUGCCCGUUCCCACCAGAGGAAGAAGACGUUGAAUCACACGGUGAUUCAAGGGGGGCUGGAUGUUCGGUACGGGCCUGACUCAGACCAGCCGGGCAAGCCCGGUCCUGCCCUAGGGUAA